AUGAAACCAUCCUCGCUCCUUUGUCAAUCCGCAGCUCGAGCCUAUUCCGCUCUGCGUCCCACAUCCCCCGCUUUACGACUCACGCCUUCCAAGACUACCGGUCCCUUUUUCCACAGCAGCAGCAGCUCCCCGCCUCUGCGCCCCUCUCUCUCGAGCAGACUUACAAAGUCUCUUCAAUCAGCCGCUUGCUCUUCCUCCCUCCUCCGAACUCACGCAACUUGCGCGCUUGCAGACCCCGCUUUCGCUCCCGUCUCUUCCGCCAUGACCGACGCCUCGGACGCCUCGAAGUGGUUCCGCUUGCCCCGCAAUGUGGUCCCCACCCACUACGAUAUCACCCUAAAGUCCGAUCUCGAGGCGCUUCGAUUCUCUGGAACCGCCGUCAUCGAUCUCGACGUCCUCGAGGACACCGAUUCGAUCGUCUUCAACGCCGCCGAAAAGCUUCACCUCAGCAAGUCGCUCGUCCUCAGCCAGGCGCUCAAGACCGACAACAAGAGCAUCGUCGCUCUCGACAUUGACACCAAGCAUGAGCGAGCCACUGCAAAGCUCCCCAACGCCCUCCCCAAGGGAUCCAAGGCACAGCUCGUCGUCGCCUUUGCCAGCGACAUUGACAACAGCAUGAUGGGCUACUACCGUUCCACCUGGGAACACGAGGGCAAGAAGGGUUACUACGCCCUCACCCAGUUCGAGCCCACCGCCGCUCGACGUGCUAUCCCCACCUGGGACGAGCCCAACCUCAAGGCCACUUACACCUUCCGCAUGAUCCACCGCAAGGAAACAACCGCCCUCGCCAACAUGAACGUUGUCAGCUCCAAGGACAUCUCCCAGGUCGAACAGGACAAGCUUCUCCGUGCCUCCGAGCUCGGUCUCGACCAGUCCUCGCUGGGGGCUGGUAAGACCGAGGGCAAGACUGAAGCCAAAAUCGAAGGCAAAACCGAAGGCAAAACCGAGGUCUCGUCUACCGCCUCAAACGACUGGACCCUCACCGAGUUUGCCACCACCCCCAAGGUCUCGACCUACUUGGUCGCUUGGGCCAAUGGUCCCUUUGUCAGCCUCGAGAGCAGCUACACCAGCCCUCUUACCGGCAAAGUCAUCCCCAUGAAGGUCUACACCACUCCGGAAUACAUUCACCAGGCACAGUACGCCCUUGACGUCAAGGUCAAGGUGCUACCCGAGUACGAGCGCGUCUUCGACGUCGCUUACCCCCUGCCCAAGCUCGACACGCUCGUCGCCUCCGACUUUGAUGCCGGCGCCAUGGAGAAUUGGGGUCUCAUCACCGGUCGAACCUCGGUCUACCUCUACGACGCCGAGAAGUCUGGUCUUCAGGGCCAGAAGCGUACCGCCGGUGUUCAGUCGCACGAAGUCGCUCACCAGUGGUUCGGCAACAUUGCUACUCUCGACUGGUGGGACAACCUCUGGCUCAACGAGGCUUUUGCUACCUUGAUGGGCGAGGUUGUCAUUCUCGACCGAUGCUUCCCCGAGUGGGAGUCGGCCUCCGAGUUUAUCAACAUUCAUCUCGACCGAGCCCUCGACCUCGACGGCAAGCGAUCCAGUCACCCCAUCGAGGUGCCUCUUAAGGGUGAGAAUGUUGAAGAUGCCAUCAACCAGGUCUUUGACGCCAUCUCUUACUCCAAGGGUGCCAGUGUGCUUCGCAUGCUCUCCAACAUGAUCGGCGAGGAUGUCUUCCUCAAGGGCGUCUCGAUCUACCUCAAGAAGCACCUCUACGCGAACGCUGUCACCAAGGACCUCUGGAACGGCAUCAGCGAGUCCUCGGGUCGCGACAUCGCUUCCAUCAUGGCCAACUGGAUCCUCAAGCAAGGUUUCCCUGUUCUCACCGUCACCGAAGAGGCCGACGGCCUGCGCAUCAAGCAGAACCGUUUCCUCUCCACCGGCGACCCCACUCCCGAAGAAGACGAGACGCUCUGGUACGUUCCGCUCAUGAUCAAGACCGUCGGUGCCGACGGCAAGGUGUCGGUCGACCGUGACGCUUUCCUCAACAGCGAGCGUGAGGUCAAGGUGCCUCUCGCCAAUGCCAAGGACGCCACCUACAAGCUCAACGCCGAGACCAUCGGUGUCUACCGUGUCGCCUACUCGCCUGAGCGUCUCGCCAAGCUCGGUGAGGAGGCUGCCAGGCCGAACUCGGCCUUCUCGCUUGAGGACCGCGUGGGCCUCGUCACAGACGCCUUCACGCUCGCCUCGGCCGGCUACGGCAAGACUUCGGGCGGUCUCUCGCUUGCAAAGGCUCUGAGGAACGACCCUACUUAUCUCGUCAACCAGGCCACCAGUAUCAACAUCGGCACGCUCGCUAGCGCCUGGUGGGAGCAGGACGCCAAGGUGCAGACGGCCAUUAAGAAGCUCCGCGCUGACAUCUUUGGUCCCACUGCCAAGAAGCUUGGCUUCGACUUUGGCCCCAACGAUUCACCCGAUCUCAAGCAGCUGCGUGCCAUCGCCAUCUCUGCCGCUGCUGGCGGUGAGGACGAGUGGACCUUGUCCGAGAUCAAGAAGCGCUUUGACCAGUACGUUGCUACCGGCGACGAGAGCCAGAUCCACCCGGACUUGCUCCGUGCCGUAUUCUCUCGCUCCGUCGAGCACGGCGGUGAGAAGGAGUACGAGUCGGUGUUGUCCAUUUACCGCAAGCCAGAGACGCCCACGCACAAGAUCGCCUCCAUGCUCGCUCUCGGUGCUUCCUCGGACGUCAAGCUGCUGGAGCGCACUGUCGACUUCCUCUACAGCGGCGAGGUCAAGGAGCAGGACUUCAUGUACUUCUUUGCCGCGCUCAGCAACAACCCCAAGGGACGACGCGUGAUUUGGGACGCCACCAAGUCGCGAUGGGACGUCUUGUCCAAGCGCUUCGCAGGAAACUUCUCGCUCAGCAGGCUCAUCGAGUACUCGUUCAGCGCCUUCAGCUCCGAAAAGGAUGCAAAGGACGUCGAGCAGUUCUUCAAGGACAAGGACACGGCCAAGUUCAGCAUGGGUCUCAGCCAAGGUCUCGACGCCGUCCGAGCCAAGGCCAGGUGGGUCGAAAGGGAUGCAAAGGACGUCGAGGAGUGGUUGAAGGCGAAUGGCUACCUCGCUUAA